UCCCCGUGACGCGGGGUGGCGACUGGCUCCCGGGUCUGAGGGGCUCCUGCUUGUCAGGUUCUAGCUCAUGUUUUCUGGCCAGACUUAUGGUCAUUCCCGUGAGACUUCAGUGCACAUUUUCUCAAGUGUGUUCCUCAUCCCUAAUGUGUAAUCCUUCAACAUGGACCUGCUACUUUAGCUAAGAUAUGACCAGCAAUGAAUAGUAGUAAGAUAUGUGCUGAUUAGAAGGCUCACAGUACGGAGUGGAGGAUAAGACAGUGCCUUACAAAAAUGGGGUUUGGGAGUGACCUGAAGAAUUCACAUGAAGCUGUGUUAAAAUUGCAAGACUGGGAAUUACGAUUACUGGAAACAGUGAAGAAAUUUAUGGCUCUGAGAAUAAAAAGUGAUAAAGAAUAUGCAUCUACUUUACAGAACCUUUGUAAUCAAGUUGAUAAGGAAAGUACUGUUCAAAUGAAUUAUGUCAGCAAUGUAUCCAAGUCUUGGCUACUUAUGAUUCAGCAGACAGAGCAACUUAGUAGAAUAAUGAAGACACAUGCAGAGGACCUAAAUUCUGGACCCUUACACAGGCUCACCAUGAUGAUUAAAGAUAAGCAACAGAUGAAGAAAAGUUUUAUAGGGGUUCAUCAGCAGAUAGAGGCAGAGAUGAUCAAGGUUACAAAGACAGAAUUAGAAAAAUUAAAGUCCAGCUAUAGACAGUUGAUAAAAGAAAUGAAUUCUGCCAGAGAGAAAUAUAAAGAAGCUUUAGCUAAAGGGAAAGAAACCGAAAAGGCCAAGGAACGAUACGACAAAGCCACAAUGAAACUUCAUAUGCUGCAUAAUCAGUAUGUAUUGGCAUUGAAAGGGGCACAGCUUCAUCAGAAUCAGUAUUAUGACACCACACUUCCUUUGCUUCUGGACUCCUUACAAAAGAUGCAAGAAGAAAUGAUAAAAGCACUAAAAGGUAUAUUUGAUGAAUACAGCCAGAUAACCAGUCUUGUUACAGAGGAAAUAGUGAAUGUCCAUAAAGAGAUUAAAAUGUCAGUUGAACAGAUAGACCCUAGCACAGAAUACAAUAAUUUCAUAGAUGUUCACAGAACAACAGCUGCUAAAGAGCAAGAAAUUGAGUUUGAUAUUUCCUUACUAGAAGAAAAUGAAAAUCUUCAGGCAAAUGAAAUUAUGUGGAAUAAUUUAACAGCAGAAAGUUUGCAAGUAAUGUUGAAAACCUUAGCAGAAGAACUUAUGCAGACACAGCAGAUGCUUUUAAACAAGGAAGAGGCUGUCCUGGAGCUAGAGAAGAGAAUUGAAGAAUCUUCUAAGACCUACGAAAAGAAGUCUGAUAUUGUGCUUCUGCUAAGCCAGAAACAGUCACUUGAAGAGCUGAAACAGUCAGUCCAGCAGUUGAGAUGCACUGAGGCAAAGUUUACAGCACAGAAAGAAUUACUAGAACAAAAAGUACAAGAAAACGAUGGGAAAGAGCCACCUCCAGUAGUAAAUUAUGAAGAAGAUGCACGAUCAGUUACAUCUAUGGAAAGAAAGGAGAGGCUCUCCAAGUUUGAGUCUAUUCGUCAUUCAAUUGCUGGAAUAAUUAGGUCUCCAAAAUCUGCACUGGGCUCUUCAACAUACUCUGAUGCAGUCUCCAUAAGUGAGAAGCCCCUGGCAGAACAGGACUGGUACCACGGUGCAAUUCCCAGAAUAGAAGCACAAGAACUUUUAAAACAACAAGGAGACUUCUUGGUGCGAGAAAGUCAUGGGAAACCUGGUGAAUAUGUCCUUUCUGUAUAUUCUGAUGGACAAAGGAGACACUUUAUCAUACAAUUUGUUGAUAAUCUGUAUCGAUUUGAAGGCACUGGUUUUUCAAACAUUCCUCAACUAAUAGAACAUCACUAUACAACAAAACAGGUCAUCACUAAGAAAUCAGGUGUAGUUCUGCUGAACCCUAUUCCUAAGGAUAAGAAAUGGGUUCUCAAUCAUGAAGAUGUCACGUUGGGAGAACUACUGGGCAAGGGGAAUUUUGGUGAAGUAUAUAAGGGCAUAUUAAAGGAUAAAACCGCUGUUGCUGUUAAAACAUGUAAAGAAGAUCUUCCUCAGGAACUGAAAAUAAAAUUUUUACAAGAAGCCAAAAUUCUCAAGCAAUACGAUCAUCCCAAUAUUGUCAAACUUAUAGGCGUUUGCACACAAAGACAGCCUAUCUACAUCAUUAUGGAACUGGUUCCAGGAGGUGAUUUCCUCUCCUUUCUGAGAAAGAAGAAGGAUGAACUAAAACUCAAGCAGUUAGUGAAAUUUUCAUUAGAUGCUGUUUCUGGUAUGUCCUAUCUCGAGAGUAAAAACUGUAUACACAGGGAUCUUGCUGCAAGAAACUGCCUGGUAGGUGAAAAUAACGUUCUGAAAAUCAGUGACUUUGGAAUGUCUCGUCAAGAGGAUGGUGGAGUGUAUUCAUCUUCUGGCUUAAAGCAGAUUCCCAUUAAAUGGACAGCACCAGAAGCUCUUAAUUAUGGGAGAUACAGUUCUGAGAGUGACGUGUGGAGCUUUGGCAUCCUCCUCUGGGAGACCUUCAGCCUAGGGGUCUGCCCAUACCCUGGAAUGACAAAUCAGCAAGCACGGGAACAAGUGGAAAGAGGAUACCGAAUGUCAGCCCCUCAGCAUUGCCCAGAGGACAUUUUUAAAAUUAUGAUGAAGUGUUGGGAUUAUAAACCUGAAAACCGUCCCAAGUUCAGUGACCUUCAGAAAGAGCUGGCUGUCAUCAAGAGGAAAAUCACACAGUGACGGACCAGUGCCAACAGGCUUCAGGACCUGGUCCUCCAGCAGAGUGACAUUGUUCUUCUUGUUAACGUUGAGUUUAUACCACAUUACCUGCAACAAUUUUCUAAGGUGGUUUUUGUUAUUAACUGUUUUUUAAAUAUGCGCCACUUAC